UUUUUUUUUUCCUCUUUUUUUUCCUUUUCUUUUUCCUUUUCUUUUUCUUUUCUUUUUUUUUUUUUUUUUUUUUUUUUUCUUUUUCCCCCCCCCCUGGGUAAGGCUGAGCACUGACUGGCUUUGUCUGUCACUGCCAUUGCUCGAACCCCUGAUGAUAUGGAUUUAUUUAUCUCUUGGUUUAUUUUUCUUAGUUUAUCUUUUAUUUUUUUUAUACUCUCAUUCUUGGGGGAAAAAAAAGAAAACUUUAUCUAUUCUUAUGCUUUUGUUUCUUAUCUACUCCAUAUUCCCCUCCCUUUUAGACUCAUCAGGGUUAAUGUACAUAACUUGAAUGUUCGUUCCUAGUAUAAUACGAGCGAUAAAAACCGGCCUCAAGUUUCUCGCCUACCAAUUAGGAUGCGAAUGCCUGCAGCGGAAUAGGAUUUUACAUUGGUUUCAAUUGAGCCUCCUCGGCCAUCUUUUCUCUUUACUUCAUAUUCCAAUCAGGUUCCCCUUUAUUUCUCCGCAAUACAUCCGCGGAAGCAAAGAUGGACCGAAAUGGAAAAUGCGGAGAGAUAUGAUCACGUGGCAUGACGCCGGGGUCGGUUAUCGUCGGCGCUCGGAGACCAGAAUGCGGAGGAAGGAGGGAAAUAAUAAUAGUCAACUACCAUCAUUCCGCAAUGAAAUACGACGUCCUCACCUCGAAAAAAGACACUCUCUACUCCUUCAUCACCCUGGUUUGAUUCCGGCUCAACAAUGAGCAUCUUACGCUGCAAUAGCGGCCUCUCCUGGGCUCUCCGCUCCUGCCAAUCUCGCCGAGUCCUGCCGAUAACUCGUUCCCCGCCAACUAUAUCUAUUCCCCGUCGGACGUUCCAUGCUGCUCCGUCUCUGUGGGGGGUCAAGUCCCAAGUCCUCAAGGAUGUGGGCGAAGGGAUCACGGAAGUCCAGAUCAUCCAGUGGUAUGUCGAGGAAGGCGCCCAUAUUGAGGAGUGGAAACCUCUGUGUCAAUAUCAAUCGGAUAAAGCAGUGGAUGAUAUUACCUCGAGAUAUGAAGGCAUUGUUAAGAAGCUUCACUUCGAAGCGGAUGACACGGUUCCCACAGGAAAGGCACUCUGUGAUAUAGAGGUGGAGGAUGGGAAAUAUCCAGAUGAUAACCCACCGACCCCAGCACCCACACAGCCCAGCCCUGCUCCCAUACAAGCUGAAGCAAUGCAACCUAUACAGGGUACGCCUGUCGCUCCUCAAACGCAAGCUCCAUCAGGGAAUAGUUCACGAUACGCCACGCUUGCCACCCCGGCCGUCCGUGGCAUGUUGAAAGCUCAUAAUGUAAACAUUCAAGAUAUUCCGGGAACAGGGAAAGACGGACGCGUCCUUAAAGAGGAUGUUCUUCGGUUUGUAGCCGCACGAGAACAUGCAACUACAGCCCAGCCUAUGGCCCCUACAACAACUGGGCCACCACAAACAGAAACCGCUGUCGGCUUGACGCCGAUCCAGUCGCAAAUGUUCAAGACGAUGACACGGUCGCUCAACAUUCCGCACUUUCUAUAUGCAGAUGAGCUUAACAUCAACAACAUCACUGCUAUGAGAAAGAAAUUGGCCAAUGAUCCGAAGGAUCCCAGGAGAAUUACCUUCCUCUCCUUCGUCAUCAAAGCCGUUUCGCUGGCCCUAAAUGAGUAUCCAAUCUUGAAUGCUAAGGUUGACACAAGCAACCCUGACAAGCCACAAUUAAUCAUGCGGCCCAAGCACAACAUUGGUGUUGCAAUGGAUACUCCGCAAGGCUUGAUCGUGCCGAAUAUUAAAGACGUUGCCAACCGUUCUAUUGCAGAUGUUGCAGCAGAAAUCUCCCGCCUGAGUGCUUUGGGUAAAGAAGGGAGGCUCACCCCUGCUGACCUCAGUGGUGGGACCAUCACGGUCUCAAACAUAGGGAAUAUCGGUGGUACAUACGUUGCACCGGUGAUUGUGUCCAACGAAGUAGCCAUCCUGGGAGUCGGGAAAUCAAAGACCGUGCCUGUCUUCGAUGACGCGGGCCAGGUUACCAAGGGUGAAUUGGUGAAUUUCAGCUGGAGUGCGGACCACCGAGUCGUGGAUGGCGCGACUAUGGCCCGAAUGGCCAAUAAGGUCCGGGACUGUAUCGAAUCCCCGGAGUUGAUGCUCUUGAAUCUACGAUAGUUUGUAUAUAGAUAGAAAUUCAGGUUCAGACCUUCAUACCAACCAAGCAGUGAACCCUACGCCCGCGUAAUCGCUCUUUUGGAGCUCCAUGAUGGUCUCU